GCAAAAAUAAUGGCAGUAAGAAAGGACAACACGUUCUUGCUCUUAACUGAAGCAGUGCUCAAUGGAGAAGAGAAAGUAGCUGAGACGCUCCUCGAAGAGUUUCUUUCCCAAAAUUCAAUUGAUGCUUCUGUUGAUGAAGAUGGCGCAAGUCUCCUUCACUUAGCAGCUAACUCCAGCCCUAGGAUAGCCUCUGUACUCAUUUCAGCUGGUGCAGACAUCAAUUCCCGUACUCUUACUGAUGGCUAUACUCCAUUACAUGUAGCAGCAAUGAAUGGGUCUGCUGACGGAGUGAGAGUAUUGUUAGGAGAAGGUGCUGAUCCUACCAUCAUUGACACUGAAUGCAUGACUCCUGCUGAUUAUGCAAUGGAGGAAGGACACUAUGAUAUACUAACAAUGCUGAAUGGAGCAGGAGAUGAAGAGAGAGAAGAAGAAGUGAGCGUAUGCGAGACGUUUGUAAAAAUAGUAAUGGGAUCUGCUAGUAAAAACUUUGAGUUUGAGGAUAGUAACGAAACCAUUUCUAGUGGCAUUGAUCAAGACAGCACUUUACCAUUUGACAUUAGUCUUUUAGUAUCCAAUAUUGAAGAUAGCGACACACCUACUGAUGACUUAUUUUCACUGCCAACUGCUAACAAAGCAAAAAAUAAUGAGACGUCUUGCUUGAGGAACAAGUCUAAUGCUGAAGCAGUUGAUACUGAUGAGACUCUACCAUUUGAUAUAACAGAUAUUGAGAAUGCUGUCAUUUAUGAUGGUACACCAAAUAAAUCUAUUGUACAGAAAAUGUCGAGUUUGAGACUAGAGAAAGAGGACAUAGAGGAGGAAGAAGCAGAGGAAGAAAGUAGAGAAGAAGCAGAAAAUGAAGCCACUGAAAAUGAAGAGGAAGCAUGUUUACAGAAGCAGGAGCAGGAAAGAGCAGUAUUGUCAUCAUUAACAAAUGAACAAUUAAAGCAAAAGCUUGAAUCGUUAGGUGAAGAGCCUGGCCCUAUAACAAGUGCAACAAGAAAUGCUUACAUUUCAUAUUUGCAAAAGAUACUGGAUGGGAUACAACCAGCUGGCAACAAAGGAUACAAAGGCUUUAAGUAUGAGCUUGCUCUGUGUCUUAAUGGCACAACUGAUAUGCCAUGCCUUCAAAAAGAUGAGAAGAUUGUAUUUGCUGAAUUCAGAGCUCCCAGUCAAUCAAAGACCUAUUUCAAUUACAUGCUAUUAGACCCUGUAAUGCUUUCAUCAUCAACUGCUAGCAUUCAGUUCAAUGAGUUUGUAGAAUCAAUAUUCUACAUUGGCAAAGGGAAGAAUGCACGCUCAAUGCAGCACUUGAAAGAUGCAAAACAACUCAAAACUAAAACUGCAUCAAAUAAAGUGAAGAGAAUCUGGACUAUAUGGGAGAAGGGGGAAGGCAUACUACUACUGCAUAUGUUCAAUUGUAUAGCUAGUGGAGAAGCAUUUUGUAGAGAAGCAGCAAUGAUUGAUGCUAUUGGAAGAGAUAACCUUUGCAAUGAAGUGAGAGGACAUUAUCAUGGUCAAAUGUCCACAUGGUCCUCAUCACAGCAAAGACUGUUUGGAGUUUAUCUGCUGCACAAAGCUUACCUGUCAUAUAAAAUUGAUACACCACAGCCCAUAUAUCCAUCUGACUUGUAAUUAUAAGCAUUGAAUUGUAAUAUAAUGUCAUUUUUUUCAUGGACAGAAUCAAUUAUUUUUGUUACUUUUUUGCAAUAUUUGACUGGAGAAUAGUUCCACAUAGGUUUAUGCAUUAUUUUUGUAAUUUUUGAAAAAACUUAGUUAGUCAAAUACAAUUCUAAGCAUUUAUUGCACAAUGC